AUGGUAACGGUAGUAGUGGUAGUUGGUGGCGGUGGUGGUGGUAAUGGUAGUGGUAAUGGUAGUAGUAGUGGUGGUAUUGGUGGUAGUGAUGGUGGUUAUGGUGAUAGAAGUGGUGUUGGUGGUAGUGGAAGUGGUAGUGGUGGUGGUGCGAGUGAUAGUGGUAGUGGCGGUGGCGGUGGCGGUGGCGGUGGCGGUGGCGGUGGUGGUGGUGGUAGAGGUAGUAGUAGCAGUAAUAUUAGUAAUGGUAGUAAUGGUGGUGGUAGUAGUGUUGGUGGUAGUAGUAAUUGUAGUGGUAGUCGUAGUGGUAGUGGUAGUGGUGGUGUUGGUAGUAGUAGUGAUGGUGGUGGAGGUUGUGGUAGUGGUAUUGGUAGUGCUGGUAGUAGUAGUAGUGAUGGUGGUGGAGGUAGUGGUAUUGGUAGUGGUGGUGGUAGUAAUUGUGAUGGUGGUGGAGGUUGUGGUAUUGGUAGUGGUGGUGGUAGUAGUUGUGAUGGUGGUGGAGGUAGUGGUAUUGGUAGUGGUGGUGGUAGUAGUUGUGAUGGUGGUGGAGGUUGUGGUAGUGGUAUUGGUAGUGGUGGUGGUAGUAGUAGAAAAAGAAAAAUCUAUAACGUGACAACGCAAUAA